AUGUGGAACUGCCAACGGAGGUUCCUGGAAACGGUCCAGUGGGUCGCCGUCAAGAGGCUGGCCACACCCCUGGAACCCGCAGCGGAUGCUCAGGGGGAGCUCCCCAGAGGACCGCAGUACGACAAGCUCCACCACGCACUCGGCAUGAGAACAGGCGCACCGAGAGCUCAGACCGCCAAUCCCCUGUCUCACUGCGUUGCCGGUUUCUCAUCGUCAACGGCAGAACUCGAGGUUCCUCAUUGGAUCGAAGGUUGGCGACCUGGGGGGUUGCUGCGUCGUGGUCGGCGGGCCGUGCGUCUGGGACCGGCAGGGGCAGGGAGGGUGAGGCACUAA